CGGGACAUCGCGACAUGGGGACCCGUGACGAUGAGUACGAUUAUUUAUUCAAAGUUGUUCUGAUCGGAGACUCCGGAGUGGGUAAGAGUAACCUGCUGUCUCGUUUUACUCGUAAUGAAUUUAACUUGGAGAGUAAAAGUACCAUCGGUGUGGAAUUUGCCACCCGGAGCAUCCAGGUUGAUGGCAAGACUAUAAAGGCUCAGAUCUGGGACACGGCUGGACAAGAGAGAUACAGAGCCAUCACAUCUGCUUAUUACAGGGGUGCAGUGGGAGCACUGUUAGUUUAUGACAUUGCUAAACAUCUGACCUAUGAAAAUGUGGAGCGCUGGCUCAAAGAGCUGAGGGACCAUGCAGACAACAACAUUGUCAUAAUGCUGGUUGGGAACAAAAGCGACCUGCGUCACCUUCGUGCUGUCCCCACAGAUGAGGCUCGUGCAUUUGCAGAAAAGAAUAACUUAUCAUUCAUCGAAACUUCCGCUUUGGAUUCAACCAAUGUGGAGGAGUCAUUUAAGAACAUCCUGACAGAGAUCUAUCGCAUAGUGUCACAGAAACAGAUGGCGGACAGGGCAGCCCAUGAAGAUUCUCCUGGGAAUAAUGUGGUUGAUAUCAGUGUCACACCCACCAUGGAUGGGCAAAGAUCCAUUAAACUCCAGUGCUGUCAGAACCUGUGAUGAAAUGUAAAUAACUGGGUAUUGUGUAGAAGAUCUUAUGAACUGAUGUUAGGAUAGGCAGAAUUGGUGGAGGAAGCAGGGCAAAAGAAGUCAUAUCCAGGAGUCCCAUGGUGCUCACCUUCCUGCCUCACCACUAAUCAGUGCCAAUUGCAAUGUUAUGGCUGCUACAUCCUGAUCUACUGGACCUCAGGAUGUAGACGUUAUAUCAAGGUUUGAAGGCAAAAUAUUUAAAAGAGUGUAUGUAUUCAUAUAUAAACAUUUUGUAUUGGUGCAAAAUAAGCACCAUUUUUGAGUUUGUAACUACAAUGGCAGCAGACAAACCAAUAAAAAUACAAAGGUA